AUGGAGCUUCAAAGACGAAGCAAUGUCAAACCAUUCAACUUCUCGCCUAGCAAGUUCUGGGAAGGCAAUGAUGGUCUCUGGUCUACUUUUCUUUUACGAGUCGGCACUCCAGCACAAACUUUUAGAGUGCUCAUUUCAACAAUGAAUCAAGAAAUAUGGGUGCCAUUGGUUGGAAGCUGUGAACUCUCAGAACCGAAGAAUUGUGCGGAUCUGCGUGGAAUUCAGCCUUUCCAGAACGCGGCUAGUCCUGGGUUUCAAACGAAUAAGUCCUCCACGUGGAAUUUCAUAAAUUUGUAUGGGCUAGCCUUUGAGGAAGUUUGGCAAGGCUACUCUGAAAACGGGAUGUAUGGUUUUGAUACUGUUGGUCUACAGAUACAGAAUAGUGGUGGAGUAACACGAGAUCAUCAAAUCGUGGCUGGGAUCGUGACCAAAGAUUUUCUGCACGGCAUUUUCUCCCUUGGCCCCAAACCAACAAACUUUUCCGACUUCAACGAUUCCCAACCCAGCUAUCUUUGGAGUCUCAAAAACCAGAGCCUCAUUCCUAGCCUUUCAUACGCAUACUCUGCUGGUGCGUUUUACGCUAACAGAUCUCUCGGAACUUUGACUCUAGGCGGAUAUGAUGCUUCGCAAAUGAAGGAAAAGGAACUGGAUUGGAUGUUCCAUGUUGAUUCGUCUUCGAAUCUAGAAGUAGGAUUACAGGUCAUUGUGGCCAGUGAUACAUUUGAGGGAAAGCAGACUAGCCUGUUGCUAAACGGGAUUACUGCAUACAUUGAUUCCACAUAUCCAAAGAUUUGGUUGCCACUUGAUGCUUGUGAGGCAUUUGAGAAAGCAUUCGGUCUCAAUUACGACCCGACGUCUUUUCGUUACCUUAUAAACACCACAACCCAUGCUCGCCUCCAAAGUUUAAACCCCACCAUAACAUUCAAAAUUGGAAACAGCACAUUUGGCGGGUUAACCCGAAACAUCGUAUUCCCGUAUGCAGCUUUCGACCUCCAAGCUUCAUACCCGAUUUUCGAAAAUGAUACAAGAUACUUCCCUAUAAGAAGAGCAGACAAUAGCAGUCAUUAUACUAUUGGGAGAGUCUUCUUGCAGGAGGCGUAUUUGGUGGUUGUUUAUGGGAGGAGAAGGUUUGCGAUGCAUCAGAGAAGUUUUGGGGGUAAUGACGAGCAGAAUUUGGUGCAGAUUUCGGAUCCAGACUCUAGGUUGUCGAGUUCUCGUUUGGGUUCGGGACCAAUCGCUGGUGUGGUCGUCGGAGUGAUCUUGACAUUUGCUUUGCUUGGCUGGUUAUAUUUGCGACACCGAAAGUGGAGGCAAUUGAAGAAGAUCUUGGGUCGGAAACCUGGCGCAAUUGAGAUUGUUGAUGACGCAGAUGCAGUGGAACAUAAUCAGACAUCCACCAUGGAAUUGCCAAACAAUGCAUAUUUUGAGGCUGGGGGGAGAGUCACUGCUCAUGAAGUUGACGUCCGUCAAUCGAUUCUUGUAGAAAGUGGAGGGAGAGAGAUAGAAGCUGAACUAGCUGUGAUUGGGUACAGGUAA